CUCGGCCGGCAGGAUGAAAGUGAAAAUGUUGAGCCGAAACCCGGACCAUUAUGUCCGAGAAACUAAGCUGGACCUUCAAAGAGUUCCUAGAAACUAUGAUCCUGCAUUGCAUCCUUUUGAAGUUCCACGGGAAUAUACAAGAGCUCUAAAUGCCGUCAAACUGGAACGAGUAUUUGCAAAACCAUUUCUUGCUUCCCUUGAUGGCCAUAGAGAUGGAGUAAAUUGCAUGGCAAAACAUCCAAAGAGUUUGUCUACUGUACUUUCUGGAGCUUGUGAUGGAGAGGUUAGAAUCUGGAACUUGACUAAACGAGAAUGCAUUCGUACAUUGCAAGCCCAUGAAGGUUUUGUACGAGGAAUGUGUACCCACUACUGUGGAACUUCUUUCUUUACGGUUGGUGAUGACAAGACCGUGAAGCAGUGGAAAAUGGAUGGGCCAGAAUAUGGAGAAGAGGAGGAGCCUUUACAUACAAUAUUAGGAAAGACAGUGUUUACAGGAAUUGAUCAUCAUUGGAAAAAGGAUGUUUUUGCUACAUGUGGACAACAGGUGGACAUCUGGGAUGAACAAAGAACCAGUCCUAUUUGUUCAUUGACUUGGGGUUUUGACAGCAUAAGCAGUGUUAAAUUUAACCCAGUUGAGACUAAUAUCUUGGGAAGUUGUGCUUCUGACAGAAAUAUAGUGCUAUAUGAUAUGAGGCAAGCCACUCCUUUAAAGAAGGUCAUCUUGGAUAUGAGGACAAAUACACUUUGUUGGAACCCAAUGGAAGCUUUUGUUUUCACUGCAGCAAAUGAAGAUUAUAACUUAUAUACAUUUGAUAUGCGUUCCCUUGAUGAACCUGUGAAAAUACAUAUGGAUCAUGUGUCUGCAGUCCUUGAUGUGGAUUAUUCACCUACAGGGAAAGAAUUUGUAUCUGCUAGUUUUGACAAAUCUAUUCGAAUCUUUCCUGUAGACCAAAUUCAUAGCAGAGAAGUAUAUCACACAAAGAGGAUGCAGCAUGUUAUCUCUGUGAAAUGGACAUCUGACAACAAAUACAUUUUGUGUGGAUCUGAUGAAAUGAAUAUUCGACUCUGGAAAGCCAGUGCUUCUGAAAAAUUGGGUGUGCUUACAUCAAGAGAAAAGGCAGCUUUUAAUUAUAACCUGAAAUUGAAGGAGAAGUUUAAAUACCAUCCUCAGAUAAGUCGCAUAUCUCGACAUCGUCAUUUACCUAAGACCAUCUAUGGCCAAAUUAAGGAGCAACGCAUCAUGAAAGCAGCCCGUCAGCGGAAGGAAAUGAACCGUAUCAAACACAGCAAACCUGGGUCUAUACCAUUUGUGCCAGAGAAGAAAAAGCAUAUAGUGGCUGUUGUGAAAUAACAUUUGAGAUUUCUGCUGAUUUUUUGAGAAUCACAUAACCCGGAACUGAAUAACAAUCAUCAAACUCAAUGUCUUCAUGUUAUACAUGGGAAAAUUGAGGCCUAGAGAAGUGUGAACUGACUUGCCCACGUCAUACAGUCACAGAACCAAGUUGUUUGCCAUCCUAGUCCAGUGCUGUUUCUACUAUACCAAACUAUCACUUAGAUUUGGGAAAGCAUCUGUAUUUGCCUUUUUUUUUUUUUUUUGGUGGUAUAUGUCUGUUUCCAGAGUUGUCUUACCUUAAAAAGUUAUUUGAAGACAGAACUUGUCUUUUUGAAAAAUUUGUGUACAUUCUUCCACAAAUUCAUAAUACAUGUACUCUUGCAAAACUCAAUAAAUAUUAAUACUAAAAAA